AUGGUAAGGAUUUCUACAGCCACAGUAACUGGGUCGAACUGGGACCACCGCGGGAUCCACCCGGACCUGCUCCAACCCGGUCGUGAGCUGGGCUCCAUCGCCGGAGCCGACGUCCGGACCUGCUGCUCCUGCACCGGCUGGACGUGCGAGGGGAACCUCCUGGGCUCGCUCCGGGAGCGCGGGCUACUGACCAGCGGGUAUUUCGGCUCCGAGCCGGAGAAACCGCCCGGGAAAUGCAGCCACGGGGGACAGUUCGACAGCAGCCGUCUGCAGGACCCCCAAGGGGGGAUAAACAAGGACAGUUCGUCCCCCCUCUUCUCCCCCCACCACUAUCUGCACGGCCCGGCGGCCGGCCUGGCCCUCGAGGCCUCGGCCCGGUUCCUGCGCGACCUGCGGCGGGACCUGGCCCACGACAAGCGAUUCAUGAGGCUGCUGGACAUCAGCCCCGCCGUGGGGCUCAGCUUCGUGCUGGACACCACGGGCAGCAUGGGCGAGGAGAUCGGCGCCGCCCGGCUCCAGGCCCGCGACAUCCUCACCCGCCGGCUGGGGGGGCCCGAGGAACCCGACUUCUACCUGCUCGUCCCCUUCCACGACCCCGGCUUCGGGCCCGUGCACAAGACGAGCGACGCCGAUGAGUUCUUGAAGAUCCUGAAUUCCAUCAGCCCCCUGGCCGGGGGCGACGAACCUGAGAUGUGUCUGUCGGCGCUGCAGCUGGCCCUGCUGCACUCGCCCCCCAUGUCUGAGAUCUUCGUCUUCACGGACGCCUCGGCGAAGGACGCCCACCUCCGGACCAGCGUGGAGGCCCUGAUCCAGGAGCGCAGGUGCAAGGUGACUUUCCUGAUCACGGAGGACCCCUCCAGGACGCGGGUGAGGCGGGAGGUGCUGGCCGCUGACCGCUUUGACCUGUACGUAGACCUGGCCCGCAGGUCCGGGGGCCAGGUCAUCUUCACUGACAACGCCAACAUCCAGCAGGUGGCCGGCAUCAUCGGAGAGACCACUGCUUCCUCGGUGACCCUGUUUCAGUACCAGAAGGGGGGCAGCUUGGGCCCCGGAGGGCUGGGCCGGAGGGGGCGGAAGAAGCGGGCCGCCUGGGAGAGCCACCACUUCCGGAUCGACAGCCGAGUGGACGGGGCCGUCGUGACCGUCCAGGGGGACGUCGGCACCUUCCGGCUCCGGGACCCCACUGGGAUCUCCCAGACCUCAGACGCUGCCAGCGGCCCUCUGGGCACCGGCCGGCGAUUCGGGACUUUCCACCGGCUCGAGCUCUUGCCCCGGCCGCCCGUCGGCCUCUGGACCCUGGAGGUGCAGGUGCAGGGCAACUAUUCGGUGUACGUGCGAGGCAGCAGCUCGCUGGAUUUCCUGUAUUACUUCGCUGUCCCGGCCGAGGGGCCCCACCCAGGACUCUUCAAGCUGGACAGUCGCCCCGUGAGAGGGCUGCCGCUGUCGCUGGUCCUGGCCGUGACGGGGCUGACCCGGCCGGGCGGGGACUCGGUCCGGAUGGAGGCGGUGGAGCUGGUGGACCCCGUCAUGGGCCGGCGGCUUGGGGGGGAGCUGCCGCUCCGGGAAGUGGCCAAUGGGACAGGGCUUUACGCCACGGCGCUGCCCCCGGCCCUGCCCCGGGGGGACUUUGCAUUGAUCCUGCGAGGGUCUGACAGCCGGGGCCGGCGCGUGGAGAGACCAGCCGCCCAGGUCACCUCGGCCGUGGGGUUCCUGCUGCAGCUGAGCAGCGCCGGGCCCCUGUUCCCGGGGCAGACGGGCGCCGUCGUCUGGCGGGUCUGGAACCCCAAGGAGCCCCAGGAGCUGGGCCUGGCCGUGAGCAGCGACCCCAGCUACCCCGUCAGCACCUCCAGCCCACGGCUGCAACUGGGCAGGAACCAGACGGCGACGGGCGUCAUCUCGCUGCGGGUGCCCGGCAGCGCCACUCCUGGUUCAGCCGUCACCGUCACCCUCCGCGCCAACCCCCUUUCCCCGGCCGGGGACGCCAACUUCGCCUUCAUCCAACUCCUGGUGAUGCCCCGGCCGCCGGUGCCGAAUCGCGCCUCUUCUCCCUGCAACGUCACCUCAGUGGCUGGCACCUGCGGCCCGCCAGGGUCCCCCUGCCGCGAGCACCGCUGGACGGCCAGGCUGCGGAUCUGGGAUGGGGCUGGCAUCCGGUCGGUGCUGGCAGGGGGCGUGGCCAUGCCCCACUGGGCCGACGGGGCGGCUGCGACGGCCACCUACUCCUCUGACUGCUGCACCCGGGAGGCGGAGCUUCUGGUGGCCAACCGGCUGGGGGAGGAGUAUCGGUGCCUGGUGGCGGCGCCCCCUGCUGGCGCUGCGGGGGACCUGGCCCUCACCCCCUGGUGGUGGGUGGCAGCGUUGGCCGUUCAUGUGGCCUUUCGUGUCGGGCUGGGGCAUUGAUGCUACAGGGCUCCCCCUAGUGGCAGGAGGGGGGAGCCUAUGGUACAGCAUCCAGUCCUGGCUAUGGCACCCUCUAGUGGAGACGGGUGGUACUGCACCCAGCUGGGAGGCUGUUGCUAUUGGAUGCCCUCUAGUGGAGACGGGUGGUACUGCACCCAGCUGGGAGGCUGUUGCUAUUGGAUGCCCUCUAGUGGAGACGGGUGGUACUGCACCCAGCUGGGAGGCUCUUGCUAUAGGGAGCCCUCUAGUGGGGAACUGCGGUAGAGCAUACAGGUUAGCUCUCGUCUACAGCUGCACUGAGGGCUGCUGGGAGAAAAAGGAGUGUAGUGAGAGUGAGUGUGUGUGUGUGUGUGUGUGUGUGUGUGGAUUCGGGGUUGAUACCAUGACACCCCCGGGUGGGGAACCCAGGACCGGGCUGUUUGAGAUGCUUUUCUGAGCCGACACCAAAAAUACAAAUAAUUUCCAGCAAAAAAAUAAUAUAUUUUUCCCCAGUUUUGCGGGACUAACUUUACGCCCCUGACUCCAUUUCCCACCACCAAUGCUCUGCUUAACGCAUGGUGAGAGCUCCUGGAGGUCGGGUUCUCUCAGUCGCGGUAGCAGGAUUUGAACUCAGAAACUCCUGGGUACCCGCCCGUUGGACGUUCUCCUAGGCCAAAGAGCACAGAAUGGCCGGGCUGCCUUGUGUUAACAUACAGGGCUGAGUGUCAGGACUCCUGGAGUCAAUUCCUGCCUCUGCUGGGCAAGUCCCUUUCCUGGUCUAUGCCUCAGUUUCCCAUGCCACCCCUUGGUCUGUCUAGUGUCUUCACUUCAAGGCCAAAACUAUCCAGUGUCUGUACGCAGACGUAGUGCAACAGGGGCCCUGAUCUCCGUCAGGAGGGGUGUGUGCAGCACCUGGCGUCCUGGGGGCCCUGAUCUUAGUUGGGGAGGGUGGGGUCUGCAGUGCCUGGCAUGACGGGGCUGUGAUCUCUGUUCUGUCUUUCAAUGCUACCCAAUGAUCGUCCCCAGAUGCGUUUUAAAUUUAGUCUCCUAAUGGUUGGAAGAGUUAUGGCUGGUCUGUAUAUUUUGGCUAAUUAUUUCCAGUCAGUGAAUUGGUUUUGGAUUAUAUUUAUUUCCGGGGAUUCUGGUAUUUCUGGGUUAUGAUUUUAAAUUGGGUUUAUUGUUUGGGUGUUUGUGCUAAUUUUUUUCUUUUUUUGGUUAAAGAUAAUACCAUUGUUUUUUAAAUUAACCUGCUGUUAAUAAAGAAAAUUGAUAAAGCGGCA